CGCGUGUGUGCGCGCGAGUUUGAAGGCGCAUCCUUAUCGGUUGCUCCCAAAACUCUCAAUCUUAACGGUUUCACAAGGUUAGUGCAUACACCACCAGUUUUACCAAAGCAACUGUAACCGAUUUACAAUGCCCGAAGAUAUCAAAGAACACGCAAAAGUGGAUACACACGCCGGCAUCAAGGAAGCAACGGAACAAAGGGAAGACAAAGAGAAAACGAAAGAGGAAUAUCGGGUGGUGUUUCCCGAUGGUAGAACAGCACCGUUAGCACUGAUGACAAAACCACACCACCGUGUGAUUGACCCUAUAUUCCAGAAAACGCAGUGCAACCACAAUCAGCCGCCGCAGCCGAAUACGGGCGGUCUUCUUGGGGGGACCAGACAGGCGAGCCCGCAGAGUAGCCCGAGGUAAAAGGGUGAACCGGUUGCCUGGCCUCGUUGGUAAUUGAGUUUCUCGAGGAAAGAAAGACUUGGAUCUAGGUCAACUCUGGUUGCUGUAUAGAAAAAUUAAACGAAUCAGUGAUGAGGGGAGAGGAUAUCAUUGUUUAAUACGGCACAGAAUGCCAGCUUUGGCAUAUUGGGGUUACUCCGGAAGUUAUAUUCAGCCAGUAAGUGAAUAAAAAAGUAUAGCUAAUGCUUUAUUAACAUGCGUUGGUCCGUAAUAUAGAGUUGAACGAUGUGCUUAUUACUUAUUUACAACGAGACUGGAAAAUGCAUCACCAAACUAACACUUCCAAUUCUGAAAAUACUCUAAAAUCAGGUUAU